AAUUUUUACCUUCAAAGUAAUAAAUGCACAAAAAAAUUGUUGGAAUAGUUGGAAUGAUAGUUGUUUGGUAAAAAUCGAGAUUAUAAACCAUGCUAAUCCAACGAAUUACGAUAGAAGUCAUAUUAUGGAAAUUGAUUGCUCGCCAUUGCAAGGCAGCGAUCGGGAAGAGAUUAGCGCGCAUAUGGAUCGUUCACAGAAAAUGACGUCACAACGUUCUAUUGAUAUCCAGUCAAUAAUAUUAGACGGUUGCCGCACACCGUUAAAUACUCAUAGCUACGGUCUGGAAUAUGUUCCAGCUUGUUCCAAUAUCACUGAAAUCGUUAUAAAGAAUUUCCAUAUGGAUUUCAUUAGACAGUUACACUGCGUGAGUGCGAUCCCUUUGCAGAUGAAAGCAUUACGUUUCGUUAACAAUGAAAUCGCUGUUGCUGAUCAGAAUUCAUUUGAAUCUUACGACUUAUUAGAAGCAUUGGAAAUCGCUCAUAACUCUUUGCGAUCUUUGCAUCCGAAAUCUUUACAAAAUUUACAAUGUUUAACCGCUUUGCGAAUCGUCGAUGAACCGGUUCUAAUAAUCAAAUCUUCUGAAUUAAUACAGAGCACUAAAGUGACCAACUUACACAUCGAAUCAAUAAAGCAAUUAACGGCAGAUAUAUUUCAUUCAUUACCUGAGGCAUUAACAAAUAUUUAUAUAGCAGAUACCGUAAUCGAUAGUGAUGCUAUACAAGUGAUUAAUGACGGUUCUUUAAAUAAUCUAACAAUUGUUAAUUGUUUUUUGCAAUCCGUUUCCGUAAACGAUGCAGCUGCCAGUAUCGAAUGCAUUAAUUUAAGUGAUAACAAUUUAGAAAAUUUCGAAAUCUCUACGAAUAACUUGCGUACGUUAGAUUUAAGUAAUAAUCGUUUGGAAACGUUACCCCUUAAAUGGCUAACAAAUCUUGACAGUUUACAUGAUCUUAUAUUGAAAGGAAACCACAUUAAAGUCUUGCUAUUCUACGAAAUAUUGCAAUAUUUACCACAAGUUCGGCGUCUAGACAUUCGAGCCAAUCGUAUGCAAUCUUUACAUAAUAUUGAUCAUGAAUUCAAUGAAUUAACGCUUUUUCGGGUACAGGUGCUAAGUGAUCGUAAUCCCUGGGAUUGUCUUUGGUUGCAUAGCUUUGCUCAUAAUUAUCCUGAGGUAUUUCGCACACUACGAUACGAUAAAUUCAUAUCAAAGAUAAAUGUGAAUGGUUUGGAAUGUAUACCUUCCGAAAGGCGACAAACCGUUAAUGAACCCAUAAUGCAAAGUAAUGCGACAAGCAUAACUACAAGUACAACUACAGUUAGCACAUCGGCAAGUCCUAGCACAUCCGAUCAAGUAGUAAAUGUCUCCGCCUACACUAUCAUUUACGGUAAUCCAUGGGAAUUUAAAAGAAAUCAACGGGCAGAAGCUUUAAUCAUUGUCUUCAUGUUGCCGUUGGGCAUAGCUUUAUUAUUUCUCCUAUUGUACCUGUGGAUAUAUUGUCAAAAAGUUUUUCACUUGUCAUAUUAUCAGAAUUUCAAUUGCAGGCGUCGUCCUGAGCAAAGUGUCUUAAAUUCAGGGCACGAGUUCAAUUCGCUACACUUGACGGUCUCGGAUCCCUCGCUUACUGUAUGCAAUCAAACUAAUGACAAUUAUGAAGAACCGAUAAAGUUGGACGUACCAUCUAUAUGCAAUUGCAAUCAAAUCGGUAAUGGCGGCAAUUGUCAAAGAAAUCUGCAAUUAAUCUACGAAAGUUUUCCUAAGGAACGUCCACAACAAAUAUAUGAACAAAUCAUAGAUGUCGAAGAUGAAUUCUCAGAGAAGCGAGCAUGAAGCAUGCGAAGCAUGAAUUCGAGAAUUGAAAGUCAAGGCAAAGUAAUAAUCUCUUCUUUCAUUUACACUGCAGAAGCGAAAGCAGCAUAGACCAUAAGGUUUUUUUUACUAGUUUACAAAAAUUAUAAAUAAGUAAAUAGUCAAAUAAACAGAUGAAAUAAAUCUUAUCGUUUCCCGAUGACUAAUUUAAAUCAGCCAAUAAUUGGUGAUUGGAUAAAAUGCUAUCAAACCUAAGAUAUUGAGGAGCAAUGCCAUUGGGAUAACACAAAAAGGGUAUUCUUGAUAACUUUUUGUACCCUACACCUUUUUGUGACAUCAACAUAUAUUAAGUUGCGCGUAUGCAUACAACACACCCACCGUUGCCAAUCCGGUUUGUCCGUCUUGUGUUCAACUUCGCAAAUGUUUAAAAAGUUGCUCUAUGCGUACUUGCAGGAUGUCUGUACGUAUACCAUUAUCCCAUGAUUGAUGUAGGGUAUAACAAUACAUUAUAUUUGGAAGGUAUUGAGGACGGUAGGAUCGGAGCCACACCCGCGAGACAUAACUUUGAUUUAAGGGGCUCCAUGGCCUAAAGCAAAUUUGCACCUAAACGGGAAGAAAAAAGGAGACGCCAGAAUAAGUGAAAUCCUUAGUAAAUAUUUUGUGCGAUUAACAACUAUUUGAACGAAGCGGAAAAUUUCC